GCGGUCAAUGGCGGCGUAAACAACGCAAAGAUCAGUGCUGGAGAUUGCUUAGUCGAGCAACUAUCGAAGAUAAAACUUUAAAAUAAAACAACAACCGAAUGGAGUAUGUUUUCGGCACUAAGAGGAUUACCACUCGGUGUGCAAACUAUUAACCCCCCAUUGGUUCACUUCUUGUUGGCGUUUAGCCGCUAGUUUCGGCUAACUUGUAGCCGAGUUUGCUAACUUAACGGAAAAGUAAUUUCUAGUCUGCAGAAAUGGACUGCGUCGUGACGGGAGGAAAUGUGAAAGUGUUGGCCAAAGCCAUCCACUCGCUGUCCAGGAUCGGUGAUGAGCUGUAUGUGGAGCCUCAGGAAGACGGGCUGGCCCUGCGGUCUGUGAACUCCUCUCGGUCGGCAUAUGCUUGCUUCCUGUUCGCACCACUCUUCUUCAGCAGGUACACCAUCCCCAGUGGGCAUGCCUUCCGCUGCAAGAUGGCAAUAAAGAGUGUGCAGGCUGUGUUCAGGUCUUUGGCGUCUCUGGAAAAAACAGUGGAAAAGUGUCAUAUCGUGCUGGACAAGCAAAAGAACCGCCUCACCUUCACCCUGCACUGUAAACAUGGCUUGCUGAAGACACAUAACCUGUCUUUCCAGGACAGUGAAAGCUUACAGGCAGUGUUUGAUAAGGACAGCUGUGCCAAUGUGUUCAGGGCCCAGCCCAGGCUGCUGGUGGACACAGUCGUGCACUUUCCACCGUCUCUGGAAGAGGUGACUGUGGCAGUGAGUGAUGAACGGAUGUGGGUCAGGAACCAUGUGGAUGCAGAUACAGAGCAGUCCAAGACCAUGCUGACAGAGCUGUGUCUGGCUUCAGAUGAGUUUGACCAUUUCGCCGUCCAAGCUCACAACAGCGUCACAUUUUGUCUCAAGGAGUUAAGGGGUUUGUUAGUGUUUGCUGAGUCUACUGGUCUCCCUAUUUCUAUAUACUUUGAUGAGCCAGGGAGCCCUGUGGUGCUUUCAGUAACAGACAGUGUCCUGGAGGGGAACUUUGUGCUGGCCACGCUUUCUGACGAUCCCAACCUCCGUAAAAACAACACUCAACGAGCACGCACACCGCCGCCUGCCCCUCCCGAUGACUUCAUGAAUGACGACAUAGACUCCUACCUCAUCGCCAUGGAUACCAGUAUUGUACCAGGUCCCUCUGCUACAGGUUCACCAACUCCCCCAUUAGCUGAAUCCACAUACUCAAAACAGCCUCCUGCAGCCAAUCACAGGACAAGGAUACACAGUGAGGAGGAGGAAGGGGAGGAAGAAGAUGAUACAGCUGAUUCAGACAGACCACCUAAUAAGAAGUUCUGUUCGUUGUUCUUUGGAUCCGUGCUUCCCCCGUCUUCUCAGAUGAGUACUCAACCAAUGACAUGUCAGGAGGUUCUGGCCAGUGACAGUGAGGAUGAGGCAUAAGUAGAGUGACAGUGGACUGAUGGGAUGUGAACUGUGGACUGAGGUUCAUGUGUGUCCACUUUUAUUACUGUUACACCAUGCCACUUGCACUACUUGAAAAUGUAGAAAUUGACAUCUUGGACCUUUAUUUUUAUUUUUACUGGCUUGUACAAAUGUUUGUUUUUUGUUGUUGUUAUUUUUUUUUUAAAACCAAAACUGUGCAGAAGGCAUCAGUACAGAACCCAUGUAUUCCAGCUUUUUAUUGGAUUAUAAUGUUUAUGGUGGAAAUCUAGGAUUAUGUGAAAGUAGACAUGAAGCACUUCCUGUUUAUUUUUGUUUGGAGUCUGUUCGGUUUGUGAUCAAGGAUCAAGGUGCAGCGGAGAAAAAAACAAGUCUCUCCAAAUAAAACAAACUUAUUU